ACCUCUUUACAGUCAUCUCUGAGUCUUUACCGUAAACAUACAUCCUGCUUUGGGGCAAAAUCACUACAACUAGGAGGAUGGGCAACCACACCAUAGUGACUACAUUCCUUCUGUGGGGAUUUUCCAGUUUCCCAGAACUGCAGAAUCUACUCUUUGUUGUGGUUCUCCUCUCCCAUGCGAGCAUUCUUUUAGCAAAUGCAUCCAUCAUGGUGGCCAUCAAGCUCAAUCACAACCUUCAUACUCCCAUGUACUUUUUCCUUUUUGCCCUGUCCUUUUCAGAAACAUGCACCACUAUGGUGAUCCUACCCCGCAUGUUAGUGGACUUGGUAUCAAAGAGCAAGGCCAUCUCUCUCCCUGAGUGUGCCACUCAGAUGUUUUUCUUCUUUGGCUUGGGAGGCAACAACUGCUUCAUCUUGUCUGCCAUGUCCUAUGACCGUUACACCGCCAUCCAAAACCCUCUGCAUUAUCCAAUCCUGAUGACCCAAAAGAUCUGUCUUCAGCUCAUCAUUGCCUCUGGUGUGCUUGGCUUCUCAGUCUCUCUGUGUAUUGUCAUCACAAUAUUCAGCUUGUCUUUUUGCAACUCCAACAUCAUUCAGCACUUUUUUUGUGAUAUUGAUCCUGUGGUCUCCCUUGCCUGCAAUUUAACCUUUUAUCAUAAAGUGAUUCUCUUUGCACUUACUGCCUUUGUGUUGGUAGGAAGCUUUAUUUUCAUCAUGGUUUCUUAUGUCUUCAUUGUGACAGUAGUUAUGAAAAUGCCCUCUGCCAAGGGAAGGUAUAAGACCUUUUCAACUUGCUCCUCCCAUUUCACAGUGGUGUUCAUACAUUAUGGGUUUGCUUGCUUUGUCUAUCUGAGACCCAAGAACAGUUACUCUUUCAGGGAUAACACAUUGUUGGCAGUAACAUACACCAUUCUGACACCUCUGCUCAACCCCAUCAUUUACAGUCUAAGGAACAAAGGCAUGCAGACAGCCUUAAGGAAAGACAUAGGCAAUGUAAUCAGGUUUUUCCCCAAAAUGGUAAGUAAAAGAGUCCAGAAGAUUUGAAAGAUAUGUAUGGUGUUGGU